AUGCUGCAUGCCACCGACGGCCCUGCGGCUGCUGGAACGCGCCCCAUCGAUGCCCUUUCGCUCGUCACAACCGCGGCUGCCUUCACGCUUGCUCUGCUCAUCAUACUGUACACAUCCGCAGCGUCUUCAGACCCCCUGGCAGCCCAGCUUCUCCAGCAUCCUCUCGCCUUUCGACCUCCGACAUUUGUUUGUUACGCGGCGCACUAUUCCCGCACCGCAUCCCAGCAAGCCUCGACGAGCUCUAAUUCAGCCGUGUGUCCUCGCCCAGCACGCAUUCCGCACGCCGACGACAAUCGCAAGUGCCUGCCUUCUGUCCGAGCCUGCGAUCGAUAUUCCUUGGUCAUUCCUGCCAUCGCGCUCGUUACAUUCCCUGCCAGACUCGCCCGCAGCAUACCGCUUCCACCUAGACGCCGCUCCGGCGUGUGGGCGGAGUCGGAGCUCACUGACGGCUGUCUCACCAAUUCAGCCGACGGUCGAGCCUAG